AUGACAAUUUGGAAAAUAUUUCCAUUCCUUUUGUACCAUCUGGUUCUCAAUUCGUUUUUUCCAUGCGCAACAACAAAGGCAGAGAGGCCAUCAGGCCUCCCCUUAAGUGAAGAAAACAUAAAGAAACUUUUGUCCAUUAACCAUUUUGACAACUUUGAAAACUUUGAUAACUAUCUAAAAUUUAUUAAGUUCAAAUAUGAAAUGGUCGAAAUAGCCCAUGAACACUUUAAAAAAAUCACUAGCCAAGAAAGAUACGUUCUCCUAAAUUCCAAAGACAUUUUAGUUAAAGUUCUUAACGAAAAUGCAGAAAACAAAAAAUUUAAAAUUUCAAAAGAGUGUGUGGAAGAUACAGCUCAGUACAUCCUCAAUGAAUUAAGAAGAACAAAUGAAGUCAAAAGAAUAGAACAAGUAGUACAUGAUGAAUAUUGUGAUACCUACAGAACGGAAUAUUAUGAAUAUAGAGAUAGACAAUUUAAUGCAGCUUUUGAGAAUGCUCAUAGUAAUUGGGCUAAUAACGAAUUAACAAAAAAUUUUGAUCCUCAAUGGAAAAAAGUCAAGUGGAAUAUAUGGGUAGAUUAUUUUAAUGAUAUUUUGCACACCCUAAAAAUUAAGGAUUACAUGCUGCACGUCUCAAUUUUGCAUUUAAAAACUAUUUCUAGUUCAUGCAAGGAAGUCUAUGAUGCUUUAAAAGCCUCAUUAAUUAAAACCUAUAAUAAUCCUUUUAAAAAUGAGUACUUCAACUUUCUGAAUUCAUCUGUGGAGGAAUGGGAAAAACAGAAGAAAAAUUAA